GUUAAAGCUGUAGCAUAUGCCGUGAGGUUAUGAGGAGGUUUCUGUUACUCUAUGCUACACAGAAAGGACAGGCAAAGGCUAUAGCAGAAGAAAUAUGUGAAAAAGCAUUUGCACAUGGAUUUUCUGCAGAUCUUCACUGUAUUAGCGAGUCAGAUAAGUAUGAUCUGAAAACUGAAACCGCGCCUCUUGUUGUGGUUGUUUCCACCACUGGCACUGGAGACCCACCUGACACUGCGCGCAAGUUCGUGAAAGCAAUACAGGACAAGGCUCUGCCGGCAGAUUUCUUUGCUCACCUGCACUAUGGAUUACUGGGGCUCGGUGAUUCAGAAUACACAUACUUCUGUAAUGGCGGGAAGAUCAUUGAUAAGCGACUUCAGGAGCUUGGUGCCCAGCAUUUCUAUGACACGGGACAUGCGGAUGACUGUGUGGGUUUAGAACUUGUGGUUGAGCCAUGGAUUGACGGACUCUGGGCUGCCCUCACGAAGCAUUUUAUGGCCAGUAGAGGAAAAGAGGAGAGGAAUGGGGCUCUCAAGAUGGCAUCUAAUGCCUCCCAACGGAUGGAUCCUGUGAAACCAGAAUUAUUACGCAUUGAAUCACAAGUUGAACUUCUGAGAUUACAUGAUCCGGGGAGAAAGGAUUCUGAGGUGCGGGAACAGAAUACAGUGAACAGAAAUCAGUCAAGUGCUCCACCAGCAGAAUCUGAGUCCUCACUUACCCACUCGGUACCCCCACUUUCACAAGCCUCUCUGAAUAUUCCCGCCUUACCACCAGAAUAUUUGCAGGUGCAUCUGCAGGAGUCUCUCGGGCAGGAGGAAAGCCAAGCAUCUGUGAUUUCAGUGGAUCCAAUUUUUCAAGUUCCAAUUUCAAAGGCAGUUCAACUGACUACAGAUGACGCCAUAAAAACCACUCUUCUGUUGGAAUUGGACAUUUCAAAAACAGAUUUUUCCUAUCAGCCUGGAGAUGCCUUCAAUGUGAUCUGUCCCAACAGUGAUUCUGAGGUACAAAACCUUCUCCAAAGACUGCAGCUCACGGACAGAAGAGAGCACUGUGUCCUCUUAAAAAUUAAGGCAGACACAAAAAAGAAAGGAGCAGCCUUACCCCAGCAUAUACCUGAGGGAUGUUCUCUCCAAUUCAUUCUGACCUGGUGCCUUGAAAUACGAGCAGUUCCUAAAAAGGCGUUGUUGCGAGCCCUCUCGGACUACACCAGCGACGGGCCCGAGAAGCGAAGGCUGCAGGAGCUGUGCAGCCGCCAGGGCGCGGCCGAUUACAACCGUCUCAUGCGAGAUGCGCACGCCAGCCUGUUCGACCUGCUCCUCGCUUUCCCGUCCUGCCAGCCGCCGCUUCGUCUCCUGCUCGGUGGCCUUGUUCAGGGUGCGCCAGGCUUGAAGCUGGGGCGAGACAUGUCACAAAACAGUCAAAUGGAAGAUGAUUCUGUUUUCGUCCUCAUUGUCUCCUGGGGUCUUCAUGUGCACAGAAGAGAGAAGAUCCUCUUUGAGGAACUAGUGUCAGGAGAGGGGACUUUCAGUGGCAGCCUCACUAGGGAUUGGAGACAUUAG